AUGUCCUCCCUAGUUUCGAACCAUCACAAGAUCAACGCCCAAAUGCUCACCCAAGAAAUCCGCAGGGUCCUCGGUCUUCCGCCACUCCCACCAAAUACGACUGUCGAUAAAGUCGACUGGGAGCUCUGUAGCGAUAUCGAGAUAUGGGCCGACAAGAUGAGAGAAGAGAGAGAGUCCGCAGAACAACAAAACAACAGUCUGAAACGUAAGCGUCUUCCAACUCCUGACUCAGAAGACGAAGACGAAGAUGGUAUUGUCGUUGCUCGUCCUACCCACAAAAAGCCCAGGGUAGCUAUCUCCACCACUUCAAACUCUCUGUCCAGGGACAACACACAAGAAGAACCUGUGGCGGAUGUGCCAGCCCUUGGCAGUUUCUCGAGGAUGUCGAUUGAUACUGAUACCUUGGAGGACUUUCCCGCUGGAGGAGCCAGACUGUCACGUAUACAGCGUCGCGAUAGAGAGCGACAAAAUUUCAUCAUCUGGGAAGAUAGAAUCGUCGAGGACAGUGACGGUGCCUUGGCCAAUUACGGUUUGUCAAUGACAAGCUGGACCCCAACCCAGCCUGGCGACGAGAAGGAGAACCAACCUCCCGAGUAUGACAUGGCUCCAGAUGAGUUUAUCAGCGAGUAUGACGAAUAUUACUAUGUUGUUGAAGAGGUGCAUCAGCAUGAAAGUCGCGCGGUGCUCAGUGAGAUCCAGAUCGAGAACCAAAUCUGA